CGCCCCCGCCGCUACCGCCGCCGCCGCUGCCGCUGCUCCGCCCGGGUCCCGGUGCGGCCCGGCCGGCCCGCGGGGUGCGGAGCCGAGGCCCGCGGCCGGCCGUAUGAAGGACUGCGAGUACCAGCAAAUCAGCCCCGGGGCUGCUCCACCGCCCGCCUCCCCCGGGGCGCGCCGCACUGGUCCUGCCGCGCCCCCCGGCCCGGGGCCCGGGCCCCCGCCAGCCGCCGCAGCCGAGCCGCGCUGGAGCGGCAGCGGGAGCGGGAGCGGGAGCAUCGGCCGCCGCCCUCAGCGCAAGUGGGAGGUGUUCCCGGGCCGCAACCGCUUUUACUGCGGCGGCCGCCUCAUGCUGGCCGGCCACGGCGGCGUCUUCGCGCUCACGCUGCUGCUCAUCGUCGCCACCACCAUCCUCUUCUUCGUCUUCGACUGUCCCUUUCUGGCCCAUCAUCUGACCCCUGCCAUCCCUGUCAUCGCUGCCAUCCUUUUCUUCUUCGUCAUGAGCUGCCUGCUGCAGACAAGUUUCACCGACCCUGGAAUCCUGCCUCGGGCCACCGUCUACGAGGCAGCAGCCCUGGAGAAGCAGAUAGAUAACACCGGCAGCUCCACGUACCGGCCUCCGCCUCGGACGCGGGAGGUGAUGAUCAACGGGCAGAUGGUGAAACUAAAGUAUUGCUUCACCUGCAAGAUGUUCCGGCCGCCCCGGACCUCCCACUGCAGUGUCUGUGACAACUGUGUGGAACGGUUCGACCAUCACUGCCCCUGGGUGGGCAACUGUGUGGGGAGACGGAACUACCGCUUCUUCUAUGCGUUUAUUCUCUCCCUCUCCUUCCUGACGGCCUUCAUCUUCACCUGUGUGGUCACCCACCUGACACUGCGCUCUCAGAGAAGAGACUUCCUCUCCACUCUGAAGGAGACACCGGCGAGUGUACUGGAGCUGGUGAUCUGCUUCUUCUCCAUCUGGUCCAUCCUGGGCCUCUCAGGGUUUCACACUUACCUCGUCGCCUCCAACCUGACAACCAACGAAGAUAUCAAAGGCUCGUGGUCCAGCAAGAGGGGUGGUGAGGCCUCGGUCAAUCCCUACAGCCAUAAAAGUGUUAUCACAAACUGCUGCUCCGUGCUCUGCGGCCCCCUACCUCCCAGCCUGAUUGACCGGAGGGGAUUUGUGCAGUCCGACGCCAUGUUGCCCUCGCCCGUUAGAAGCGACGAGCCCACCUUCGGAGCCAAGCCUGACGCCAGCAUGGUAGGAGGCCACCCCUGAUCCGGCUCAGUCCUUGCCGCCCGCUGGCCAGUCCACCCCUCUGCACUCAGCUGCUGGGAUCCGCCCCGCACCGUCCAGGGGAGCAGAGCUGCCGACUCCAGUCUUGUCUUAUUUAUUUCCCACCCUGCGUGGCUUCCCCCCCUUCCUGCUCCUUGGCUGUACCCUCUGCUCCCGAAACCGGGGUCCUGUGGCCUGGGGCCUAGAUCCCUUUAGGCAAUGAGUGACAAGAGGGCAGAGCCCUGAGACCUCCCAGGGGACCAUGCCAAGUCUUCCCUACAGCUACGGAUGAAUGGGACUCUGAGAGGGGUCCUGGCCCUGCCCAGCAGGAUCCAAGGGGCAGCGCCUGAUCUUUAGUGGUGGUCAUUGUUCGUUCUUCCAUGGUUUUGUGUUGUUUUUGGGGUUUGGUUUUUUCUGUCUGGACUUGCCCAGUUGGAUAGAGCUGGGAUUGCAAGUAGAAAGGCAGCAUUGUUUGGGGCCGGAGUGAUGGUGCAGCAGGUAGGGUAUUUGCCUUGCACUUGGCCAACCCGGGUUUGAUCACUGGCAUUCCAUGUGGUCCCCCGAGCCCUGCCAGGAAUGAUCCCUGAGUUAGAGCCAGGAGUAACCCCUGAGCAACAUCGGGUGUGGCCCAGAAGCAAAAAGGCAGCAUUGGGCAGAAGGAAGCAGCCAGCUGGGCCCCGGAAACUCAACUGCCGUGUGAUCCUGGGUGGCACUCUAGGAAGGCCUGGCCUUACCCUCUCUCUGCCAUGGAGGGCUCUCUGAGGGACCCCAGCCUAAACCCCCACCUCCUGCCCGAGUCAGGUCUGGGGGUAGGCAUGUUUCGCUCAAGCCAGCAGUACUUGAAACGGGUCUGAUGCUGGGUAUUUUGCACAAUUUUAUAGACCUCUUUUCUACGUAGCAUUUUUUAAAUAGAAGAAUUUAAAAAAAAAAAAGGAUAAAAAGAAAAAAGCAGCCCCAUUGCUCUCUGUGCAGUGCCAGGGGACGUGCUCUCAGUUGGUUUUAGUAAGUUUAGAACAAGAAGCCUCCUGGCUCUGGGCGCGGGUGCGUGUAAGAGCAUGUGCGUGUGCGCGUGCCCUCUUGUGUGCGUGUGGCCGGCUCCCACCUCCCAGGGCUGCCCAUCGUCCUCGAGUGGGAGCCAGCAGCAGUCACCGCCUGCGCCGUGGUGCAAGGAGCAUUUAGUCAGGAGACCUCCAUGCCCCUACCGAGCCCCCACCCUCCUCCGAGAACCAGUGACUCGGGACUCUGCCACCACUCCGCCUGCCCUCACUCCCUCACCACCCAAGCCCCAGGUUAGGCUUCCGGCUGGGACCUGCCCAGGCAGGCCAGGACUGGGUGUGGUGGAUGGGGUAAUGGCUGUGGAGAGCCGCUGCCUGACAGGCCACACCCCCCUCUGAGCGAUGAGCAUGACACCCAGUGCCAAGGCGAGGGGAUGGGGCACCUUUGCCCCUGGGAGCUGCCCUCCAGAAGCAAGGGAGGAAGGGGCCGGGGUGGAGUGAGGGAAUCUGGGCCAGACACAGGGCGCUCCUCGGCUGGGAGUUCUUCUAAUCCUGUGUCAGAAUGAUGGGACACUGUCCCUCUGUCCACGGCCUUGCUAGUGGGAUGGCUCCUCUUGCAGUGUCCCCUGUACCUUGGUCUGCCUUGUUCCUGAGGCCAGUAGGUCACACACCGCUUAGAAGUAGCCACAAAGGACCCCAGGCAAUUAGGGUCCUCCUGGCAAGGCCGUAGUGGCCCCGGGAGGUGGGGAGCCAGCCUGAGGCAGUGAUUCCCACGUCACUUCUAUUUAAGCCAGUAUUCUUGUUCUUGCUUGUAAUAAAACUUUUGUUUUUAAGAGUU